AUGGAGAAAAGAAACACACAUAUUCCACCUUCCAGAGGGAGAGAUGACAAUUACGUUGAAGGACGUAGCCAUGCUGAUAGAGCUUCCAAUCGAUGGUGA